AUGGAUAAUCUGGAGGUUUUCGCAAGGCGGAUAGCGGAAAGCGUCAAACCGGAGUGGCAGCUAAUUCCGGACCCAAACAGCGCCGAGUGGCAGAAGUCGUUCGACAGCGUCGUAGACGCGUAUUUGAAAGGAGAAGGAGCGUCUUGUGACUAUUACAAGGAUAUCACAACGCCGGUGGCUGCGCUGCCGCAUGCCAACCUCGAUGGCACCACCCCGGAGGAACGAUUCGCGCUUGCUUGCCGCAUUCACGCUAUAAUGGAAGGUCUCUGGUUGGCAGGUAGGCGCAAUAUAGAUGCCAUCGAGCAGUGCGCCCGGAGCUCCCCCUUAAAACUGGAUGACGUCGUAUCUUACGCGCUUAGACUGCGAGGGACCACCUACUCCCCGCCAGAAAACAUGAAUGUACAUGAUCCAACGCAGCAUUACGAUAUGUUCCCGCGGUACCAUUUCCUCGGCAUGCCGGAUGUGGCCCAGAUGCACGCGUCACGCCUGUUUGCGCUCAGCCGACUGGCUCAGCAGUCCUCAGCGCCCCGCGUUAUUUUCGAAGCGGUGGGAGAGGAUAUGCACCGUAUGCGUCUGGAGUGUGCGACACCGGGCGCAGAGGUGCAUUAUCAAACGCAACGCGUUAACACGCAACAGAUCAACCCGCAGACGGGCCAACCUGCAGUCUACACCACCGCUCCGGCCAUAUACGACUCUACGAAAAAGUUCAACUUCAAGACGAUUUGUAACCCCUUUGUAGUUUUCGCAUGGUCUACGUGUGAAGGGCUGCGUCCAUCAGAGAUGGUUAAAGCGGAAUACGUUCCGCCUUCUGUGGCAAAACAAGAGACUGGUGCCGCGUCAAAAAAAACUUUCGGAUUCUUUCUUGGCAGAGAAAGGAAGUCUUGA